UUCUCAGGUUGUCCCUCCGCCAUUAAUUGCGUAUGGACAGUUCCAGAAUGAACUCUUUCUUGGAGUACACAAUUUGUAACCGUGGGACGAACGCCUACUCGCCCAAGGCUGGAUACCACCACUUGGACCAGGCGUUCCCGGGCCCUUUCCACACUGGACACGCUAGUGACAGCUAUAACGCUGAUGGACGACUUUACGUAGGGGGGAGCAAUCAGCCACCAACAGCAGCAGCACAACAUCAGCACCAGAACGGCAUCUACGCGCAUCACCAGCACCAAAAUCAAACUGGCAUGGGCCUUACCUAUGGUGGAACUGGGACAACAAGUUAUGGGACACAGGCCUGCGCCAACUCGGACUAUGCUCAACACCAGUAUUUUAUCAACCCUGAGCAGGAUGGGAUGUAUUAUCACUCAUCAGGUUUUUCAACAUCAAAUGCCAGUCCACACUAUGGCUCUAUGGCCGGUGCGUACUGCGGGGCACAGGGAGCCGUUCCAGCCGCACCUUAUCAGCAUCAUGGAUGCGAAGGCCAGGAUCACCAGCGAGCAUAUUCACAAGGCACCUACGCUGACUUAUCGGCCUCUCAAGGAACGGAGAAGGACACGGAUCAGCCGCCACCUGGGAAGACAUUCGAUUGGAUGAAAGUCAAAAGGAAUCCCCCCAAAACAGGUAAAGUGGCUGAGUACGGACUAGGGCCGCAAAACACUAUUCGGACAAAUUUCACAACCAAACAACUGACAGAGCUCGAAAAAGAAUUUCACUUCAGCAAGUAUCUGACGCGAGCGCGGCGUGUGGAGAUUGCUGCCACACUUGAGCUCAACGAGACGCAGGUUAAGAUUUGGUUUCAAAACCGCCGAAUGAAACAGAAGAAGCGAGAGAAGGAGGGACUCGCGCCUGCUUCCUCCACUUCGUCUAAAGACCUCGAGGAUCAAUCUGAUCACUCAACUUCAACAUCUCCAGAAGCCUCUCCAAGUCCGGAUUCCUAACCGAGCACAAUAACUUUGGGUGCACUGAUCAAAUGUGAAAUAUAUAGCAAAGUCUAUUAAUUUAACCAUUCCACUGUGGCCCAAAA